AUUAUCCAAUCGGCUAAAACAACUUGGUAAACUUCACUGAAACUUGGGCUCUACUUUUGUAAUGCCCAAACACACCUGUAUUAGCCCAGAAAGGACACAUCUUUCUGAGAAUUCGGUUGAAAGACGUAUCCCCUAAAACUGCCGUUUAUGGAUGACCAAAGUCCCGACUCCACCGCCGCCGGACGCAUCAAACUCAACGUGGGAGGUAAGCUCUUCGAAACAACCGUCUCCACCCUCCGCUCUGGCGGCCCCGAUUCCCUCUUAUCCGCCCUCUCUAACCGGCCGCCUGAAGAACCGGUCUUCAUCGACCGCGACCCGGAGAUCUUUUCCGUCCUCCUUUCCCUCCUCCGCUCCAAUCGCCUCCCCUCCACCGCCAAACGUUUUUCCAACCAAGAACUCAUCGACGAGGCCCUCUACUUCGGCAUCGACUCCCAACUCAGGUCCGCACUCGCCCCGAGUCGACUCAAUGGUAUAGACUCCUCCCUCUUUACCACCCUCAACCCCUCCGCUGACGGUGUCGUUUCUGACUUCAACGCCAUCGAAUCAGAUGGGUCGUUGUGGGUGGCCCACGGCGGGCAGAUUUCGGUGUACGAUUGGAAUCUCAGCCAUUCAGCAACAGUACGGACGCAUUUAGACUUCAUCACUUCGGUGAGAAGGAUCCGACCGGAGGUUGCUGCCGUCGGUUCUCUACAUGGGUCGGGCUUACACUUUUAUAAUAUGGCCAACGGGCGCCGAGUCCACUCGACGGAAUGGGUCGACCCUUCCGAUGUGAGGAUAUACAAAGCCCGAGUCCACGCGAUUGCCGACUCGGAGGAUUCUGUUUUUGCUUCCUACGAUUGCCAGCACGGAGAAAAUUGCAUCUUAAUGAUCGAUAAAUCCACGAUGAGGGUUUCGUCGGAGAUUGGAAGAAUGCCUGGAAAUUCUUCAAAAAAUAUGGUUCCCACAAAGCUUACGUAUGUAUCAGAUAUGGGGAUUUUGCUCGGGAGUUCUGUGACAUCGGGAGCAUUUGGGUAUUCUGGGUACAUUCGAUUGUGGGACCCGAGAACUGGAAAUGUGGUUUGGGAAACAAAUGAGCCAGGUUCCGGUCGAAGCAGUCGAUUUGGGGACUCAUUUGCCGAUGUGGGUGUUGACUUGGAUGAAUUGUUGUUGUUCAAAAUUUGCUCAAAAUCGGGUGAUUUAGCUGUGGCAGAUAUGCGCAAACUAAGUGAUGAUCCCUGGGUUUAUUUGAAAGAGAAGAAUCCAAGUAUGAGGAAUGUGGGAGGAAACAAUGGUGGCAACUUUGUGAUUCAUUGCUAUCGGAAGCAAGUGUUCAUCGGGAGAGAGGGUGAGCUGGAAGUGUGGUCGAGAGUGGAGGGAAACGAAAAUGAGGGGAUUGUUAGUGAAGAGAUGUAUAGAAGGAAUUAUGUGGAUAAAGUGACGGAUUCCGAAAGAGGGGCGAUCAAGAAACUAGAAGGUGGAUGGGAUCGGCUAUUUGUGACCAGAGAAGAUGUUGAGGGGAUUGAGGUGUGGCAAAGUUCUUACAACUCCGGUGUGGUUGCAGUUUUAUGAUCACCAUGGAGAUGUUGAUGACUUUGUAAUCUGUAAUAAGUUAGUGAUGGUUGGGGAUUAUUUUGGACGUUGUUUCUCAAUCACGGAAGACCAUGGAUUGUGCAUUGAGUUGUAUUCGAGUUAUCCUUAUGCUAAUCUUGAGUUUGUGGAGUAGGGUUUUGGAAAUGAUACAACAUUGUACGAUAUCAGUUACUAGACAUUGUUGUUCUUUAUAUCUAAAUAUAAAUGUGUUCUCUUGGCUGAAUUAUGUGGAUAAAGUGCCAGAUUCAGAAAGAGGGUGAUGAAGAAAAUAGGAGGAGGAUGGAAUUGGCUACUUGUGACUAGAGAAUAUGUCGAUGGAUUGAGGAGUGGCAAAGUUCUUACAACUCCGACUCCGUUGUGGUUGUAGUUUUAUGAUCAAUAUGGAGAUGUUGAUGACUUUUGUAAUGUGUAUUAAGUUAGUGAGAUUGGGGAUUAUUUUGGACAUUGUUUCUCAAUCACGGAAGACAAUGGAUCGUACAUUGAGUUAUAUUUGAGGUUCCCUUAUGCUAAUCUUGAGGUUAUGGAGUUGGGUUUUGGAAAUGCUACAGCAUUGUACAAUAUCAGUUACUAGAAAUUGUUCCUCUUUAUAUCUAAAUAUAAAUGUGUUUUCUUGGCCAUAUUUAGUUUUUAAAUAUAACAGGUCUUAAAGCGAGGAAUGACUGAUCAUCGACUUCUUUACAAUGCUGGUGAAUAGUAUGUAUGAUUUGAACGUUACCAGUAAGUGUUUAGAUUCGGUUGGCAUUUCGUUGAUGGUGACUGUGGGUGGGGCUAAAGAGAAAGCUCUGUUAAUUGGUGAAAAGCCUAGGUUAUGUAAGAAAGCAAAAAGACCUUGAGAGGAAUCCUGUUGGUAGAUUUCUUGGAGGAA